AGCCCUUUUACUCAAGGUUUACACAAGAAAACGAAUCUCUUUCCUCUGUUACUUAAAAUAAAAUAAAAAAAAGACACCAAAACAACUCAGGGAAUUUUAACGAUGUUUUGUAAACAUGUAAAAAAGGCAACAGGCUGACUACUUCUAUCCCAAGUUGAACCUGUAAUUUGAAAUCCCUUUGAAAAUCCUGAACAUGAGGAUACAUGCUUAACAAGACCUUCUGCAGCCUACCUUAGGAGAGUAGCGAUAGAAUACUGUAUAGAAGUUGAGCAGCGAGUGGCAUUUUACAGUAAAAGUCAGACCAUAAAUAUAAAAACAGAAAUAAAACAAAAAGCUCUGAACAUUGUGCAUAUGAACUUUAGUUUUGUUCUUUCAAAUGAGAAAUAAGGGUUUAAAACAUGCAUCUCGUUUUAGAAUGUUCUAAGACUUUUUCCAGUUAUGACAGAACAAUUCUGACAACCAGCAGGUGGUGUUUGUGCAAUUGUCAGCUAGUUCUCUGCCCCUGGAGAUGAAAUGCAAAACUUCACCUGCCAUAGUGGGGUUUGGAAGCAAGACUGAUUCUCCAAAUCAACUGCAUCAUUAAGCUUAUUUCAUACAGGUGGUUUUGAGCAGAACAACUAAGCAGAGUCAAGUUGAGGAUACAUGAAAUGCAAGGGAUUAACAGAGAAAUAGGACUCUCAAAGAGGAUAGGAAAAUUUUAGUCAAGUUUUCAGAUCAUUCAUUAACUAAACUACUAUUUUUCUAAAGUUCUAAUAUUUCUCUUUGGACUGUGAAAGUCUUUUAAACUCUUAGAUAAACUGAACUAUUGCUAUAGAUGCACAGUAAAAUAUGUUUAGUUGCUACUCAAAAUUAAUCUUUGAACUGGUGCUCAUUUGAAUCUACAAUUUUAUCCUCCCUCAAAAACAAAGGAAGGGUGAAAUGAAAGCUAUACUAAGCAUCGUAAAGAUAGUUGAUAGAUAUGAGGGAAAAGAUUAAUGUCUAGUUCUGGUAAAGAAAAGGAACCAGCAGAAAUGGGGUUAAUUCUAGCCUUAAAAGGAAGCCUGUUCAACACCACACUUCAAAUGAACACAAAUUAGAACGACCCUGGGAAUCUAUAAAGCCAUGUUUUAUUACCAAGGAUCUGCAGGAAGAUCUGCAUUAGCUGCAAAACAAUGACAGUCAUUUAUUUAGGAUGUUUAACAGAAUAUGAUUUUAUAUGGAUUUUUUGUUACUGAAUUGUUCAGCAGGUGACAUUCAGUGCAGCUUGGUAUCACCUAAAUAACAUUAAAAGUUUUGACUGCUGGUAUAGCUGAAAUUAACAUAUCCACUAACAGUGUAUCUGAAUAUAAACCAGCCUUAUGGUGUUUGGAAGAAAAUCAGAUCCGAACAAAUGACUAUGGAUGGAAACACAGGAAUUAAAAGGUCCAAGGAUAUUCAGUAAUUGUUAAAAGGAAUCAACGAACCUAAAAUUCUACCAUUUUCCAAUCUGCAAGAAGGAACAUUUGUGAAGAAACAUUUGUGUAUGUGCAAUUCAAUGACCAUAAAGUUCAGAAAGGUCCUGCACGAUCUGAAACAUUAAUUUUCUCAUUUGCUUUGUGCAUGGCAUCUUACAAAUAGCAAAUUUCUGAAACAGUUUACUUUUCUGUAACUGAUAAAUUUCAGCCAAUUUCAAGCCUAAUUGGUUUGGCUUCCAUUCCAUUUCCAAACAGAUUAAACAUUUUAUACAAAAAAAGUAAACCUCUUUCCAAAUCCUUAAAAUGCUUGCUGUAACCUCUUAAAUCCCAACAAUUUAACCAUUUUGGCACUGAAAGUCAAAGCGUGAAUACCGAUGUAAUCUUUCCAGCGGAGAUCCUAACCAUGGAAUCUUACACAGGAGCAGUGUCACCAUUUAUUUGUAACAGCACAUCUUUUGAACUAAAUGGAUCACAUUUAUGUAAUGAAAGCAUGUCUUCUAUCUUGGCUGAUAAAUCUGAAGAACACCAACAAUACAUUAUUGGGCUUUUCUUAUCAUGCCUUUACACUAUUUUCCUUUUCCCUAUUGGCUUUGUGGGAAAUAUUCUGAUUUUAGUUGUGAACAUAAGUUUUCGGGAAAAGAUGACUAUUCCUGACCUGUACUUCAUAAAUCUUGCAGUAGCUGAUUUGAUUUUAGUUGCUGACUCCCUCAUUGAGGUUUUUAAUCUUGAUGAAAAGUAUUAUGAUAUCACUAUAAUUUGCACUUUCAUGUCUCUGUUCCUUCAGAUCAACAUGUAUAGCAGCAUUUUCUUUUUGACAUGGAUGAGUUUUGACAGAUACAUAGCACUUGCAAAAGUAAUGAGGUCCAACAUAUUUCGGACUAUGCAGCAUGCUAGAUUAAGCUGUGGCCUCAUAUGGAUGGCAUCUAUCUCUGCAGCACUAGUGCCAUUUACAGCUGUACAUUUGCAGCACACUGGAGAGGUCUACUUUUGUUUUGCAGAUGUAGAAGAAAUCCAGUGGUUAGAAAUAACCUUGGGGUUUAUAAUUCCCUUUGUGAUCAUCGGUCUUUGCUACUCAUUAAUUGUUCGAGUUCUUAUAAAAGCACACAAACACAGGAGUCUUCGACUACGGCGCCAAAAGGCUCUUCGAAUGAUUUUUGUAGUCGUCCUGGUUUUCUUUAUCUGCUGGCUACCUGAAAAUGUCUUCAUUAGCGUUCAGCUUCUUCAAGAGAAAGGAAAGACUCUCUCUUCAGGCAACCAAUCUUUUCGGCAUGAUUAUCCCCUAACAGGACAUAUUGUAAACCUAGCAGCCUUUUCUAACAGUUGUUUGAACCCUCUGAUUUACAGUUUUCUAGGUGAAACUUUUAGAGACAAAUUACGGUUGUAUGUUGAACAGAAAACUAAAAUGUCAACGUUCAGUCGUUUUUGUCAUGCUGCCCUAAAGUCAGUCAUUCCUGACAGUAAUGAGCAAUCAGAAGUUUAAUUUAGUAGUGCUGUAUAAAAACAUAAGUGAAAAUUGCACAAAUAUAGAACAAAACGCUUGCUACUAACAGUAAAAUAUAUGUAUAUAUAAUGCCCUGCUGAGUAUUGAAGGUUUAUACUCUAAAUAUUUUUAUGACAAGACUUGAAGGUGGAAGAAUACAUUUUAGUCAAAUUUAUAUUUAAUUAUCAACAGGAUUACUAAAGGCUGACAAAUAAGGGGCCUUUAGUUUGCAUUAUACAUGUAUGAAUGAUAAUUUACCAGAAAACAUUAUCAGACUAGGAAGAAUCGAGAUAAUUGAGUUAUCAGAGAAUAGCUACUUUGCUGUCAUAUGCUAGGUGUUCCCAUUUAAAUAAUGAAGCUGCCACAACAGUGGGAAAAAACUCAUUACAACACAUUGAUGUGGAGGUGCAGAAAAAAGUUAUUGAUUUUCCAUCCAAAUAUAGCCAUUUGACAACUUUGCUAAGAACUACUGUGCUGUAUGUACACAGUGUUGGAUAUGCUUUCUGUUCUAACAUACAUUUCAGGCAUUGAUUUUUUUGUUUCUCUUAAUGUAAUAUAGAACUAGGAUGAAGAUUUUCUCUCUAGUUUGUAAUGCUCAUAUCAACACUUCAUCAAAUCUGAAGUCACGCAUAGUAUCCUGCUCACCUUUAUUACCUUAGCUCAGAGAAUCCAUCAAAACAAAAUUUACUGCUUCAUUUUAUUUUUGAAUAUUGUCCAUAGGAAAAUGAGGGUCUUUUGUCACAAGCACAAACUACAGAUUAAAGUGUCCUAAUUAAUGAAACUACUGCUAUCUUCAUUUAAUUUGUGUGUGUGUGUGUGUGGUGACUGACGUAAAUGUGUUUGUGUGUGUGUAUUUACACACAUUUAAAUUUUAAUAUUGUAACAAUAUCUGUCUUGGUUGUAAGAAUGGAAUAUUGGUUUUUUUUUUGUUGUUUUUUUUUAAACUUGCCUUCUGCAAAAAAUGACAGUGUAAGAAACGCUCAUUAAAAUGUUGGAAGCCUCAUUAUUUUU